AGGAUCCGACGCGAGCGUCCCCACUGCGCGCUCCAGCUGCCCGCCUCGCUUUCGUCCUCCUCCUUCGGGCGCUCCGCAACAGGAGGUCGGCAGCUUCCUCCCCAGGAGACAGCUUGUCCGACCAUCAAACAGGACAAAGACAUAGCCUUGCCUGGUCCAUCUUGAGGCAUCAACCAGCAUUUUAAAAUAUACGCAUCUCCUGAGGCGAGUUGGCAGAACGCUGGGUUUCUUACAGCUUCAGCAACUUUGCUGUACAUCUCAAGAGCAUAAAGCAUGUCAUGGAUUAUGAUGGCUAUGAAGAUAAUGGACAUGGAACAGACUAAACCAAAAUAAUAUCCUUGCAUUCUUCUGUUGUUCCAUCUGUGAAGACCCUUGGAAGCCAGCCAUGGAAAGGACACAAAUAAAUGGGAGGAAAGAAUGUACAAGUGUCUCAAGAUCCAUUUUUCCAGUGGGAGAAGCUUAAAAAAAGACACUCUGGAUGCUGAAACCCUAUCUGGAAACAUGUGCGUUUUUUCUCUCAUUUAGCGACAGGAAAGAUUCUAUGACUUGAUGGCUGUUUGUUUCUUUAUAAGAGAAAACCAAAACAAGCAUAAACAGGGAAGACAGCUUGGGCUCCUCAUCUAGGUGAGGAGAACAUCAAAGAAUGGGUUCCAAAAGCACAGAUUUGCACUGGCGUUGAUUGCAUGACCAAAAAUAAAUACAUUUAGAGCAGAUAUCAAGGAAGAAAUGUGGAUUUCCAAAUAUGUUCCUCAGCCAAGGUUUUCCUUCCUGGUUCUGUCUUGAUAAAACAAGUUUCAUAUUUCCAUGUUGUGUUUAUCAACAAUGUGGAAAUAAAGUUUCUCGCAACGCUACCAAAUAUUUGCGUUUGGCUCUUUCAGAGAAAGAGCCGAGUGAGUCACAAAUACAUGGGAUGAACAUUAACCAGCUUUGAUAAUGCUGAGCCCUGAAAACGUCUCUUCCCCUGACUGCUUAAACUGCACGCAGGCUGUAGGGGAAGUCAAUGUUUCCAAGGCCAUACUAUUAGGGGUCAUCUUUGGUGGGCUGAUCCUCUUUGGCGUCCUGGGCAACAUCCUGGUCAUCCUCUCAGUCGCCUGCCACAAACACCUUCAAAGUGUCACAAAUUACUACAUUAUCAAUUUGGCCGUGGCUGACCUCCUCUUGACUUCAGUUGUUCUCCCCUUCUCGGCUAUUUUUGAGAUUUUAGGUUACUGGAUCUUUGGGAGGAUCUUCUGCAACAUCUGGGCAGCGGUGGAUGUUCUCUGCUGCACCGCUUCCAUCAUGAGCCUUUGCGUCAUCUCUAUAGACCGAUACAUUGGGGUGAGCUACCCGUUGAGAUAUCCUGCCAUAGUGACAGAGAAAAGGGGGGUCCUUGCUCUUCUAUGUGUCUGGGCUCUGUCCCUCGUGAUAUCCAUAGGGCCCCUCUUUGGCUGGAAGCAACCAGCUCCAGAAGAUGAAAGGAUCUGCCAAAUCAACACAGCCCCUAGUUAUGUUUUGUUUUCUGCCCUGGGAUCUUUCUACCUCCCCUUGAUCAUCAUAUUGGUGAUGUACUGCCGGGUAUAUGUGGUGGCCAAAAAAGAAAGCAAAGGGCUAUCUUGUGGCCUGAAGACAGAGAAGUCCCAUUCGGAAGAAGUGACGCUCCGCAUCCACUGCAAAAAUGCCACGGAAAACCCUGGAUCUACACCCAGCACCAAGCACAAAUCCCAUUUCUCAGUGAGGCUUCUGAAGUUCUCCAGAGAAAAGAAAGCUGCAAAGAGCCUGGGAAUCGUUGUGGGAUGUUUCAUCCUGUGCUGGCUCCCUUUCUUUUUAAUCAUGCCCAUUGAUGGGACAUCCAAACCCCCUUCUUCACGUCUUGAGGAUUAUCUUCAUCGUACAGCAGAAGCCAAAAAAGGAAACGGAGCCAAAUGAGCAGAGUGAAUUUCACAACUUGGGGGUAGCCAAAGAAAAAGCCCCCUUAUGUGUUCUACAUACACCCCCUGCCAUUGCACUGGAAUGCAAAGAACGCCAGGCCAGGCUAAGAUAUCUCACUGCCAGGAGUGGACAAGUUGGUCCUGGUCCACAAACAGAAGCCAGCAGGAUUGGCAGUGAGGUCUCACGGCAGCCCAGGUUGGUGGGACAGCACAGAGCCUGGAAUGAACUGGAUGGAGCUCAUAGUUACUUUCCUUUCCUGACAUUGCAAGUGUAAUAGAAUGAGGGAUGAAGCUCCCCUUUUGCAUUGGAACUGGAACAGUUGUGGACACUGGGUGCAGCGGCACUUAAGUGUGGAGAAGACAUAUGGCUUGGAUCACAUGCCACCUCAGGUUGUAGCUCAUGCUCUGUGGUAGCCACUGAGGAUCUGGAGAGGAGAACCA